ACGCGGUGACGUCAUCCAAUCAGCGCGCGGCGGUGGAAGGGGGCGCGAGCGAGAAAAUUAGAAAGGGGCCAAGCCGAAAUCGGGCCUCUACAAUAUGAAAAAUGAGGAUUUAAAUCCCCAAUUCUGUGAGAAAACCUGAGGGGCACGGAGGUACAGUCUUUCGGUCUGAUUGCCUGCCAACAUUGCGUAUUAGAUAUCAUGAGCUGGGUAGUGGAGGAAUGGAAAUCUGAACUAUCCAGCAGAGCCCUGCAGAAAAUAUCUGAGUAUGAGACCCAGCUGGAGAAACUGAAGAAGGAGCGUCAACAGAAGCAGCUUCAACUGGACAGUUUAGAAGACGCAUUCUGCAAACACAACCAAAAGCUUGAAGAUGAACGGAACGAGAAUGUGGCAUUGAAGAGAGAGACACAGGGCCUGACAGAGGCACGCAACAAUCUAGAGAAAGCACAGCAGAGGCUAUGCCACGAGAUUCAGGUAAAGGAGGCCCUUGUAUGCAGUCUGGAGGGGCAGCUGCUGGCAGCAAAGAAACAGAUAGACAACCUGGAGCAAGAACUAAAAAGGCUGGAGGCAGAACUUGAACGAAGUCAAAGGGCCUCAACACCAACAGAAUGCCAGCUCCACCUUACUCCAACUCAGAUCUAUCCUGUGUGUUCCGUGCUCAGCAGGCCUAAUGAGGCUUCUAAACUAGAUGAACUGCAAGAAAAAUAUAACCAGGCGAUAGAGGAGAAAAAGCGACUAGUUUCGGAGGUGAAAGCUCUGAAGCUGCAGGUUCAACAGUUGCAGUUCAGCAGCAACAAGAGUCACCGAGAAAGUGCUCCACAGCAGAUUAGAGCCUCCACGUUUUCAUGGCAGCAAGAGGGAACGCCACCUUGGGUACCUGAGAGCCCUGUUGGACAAGGAUCACCUUCCUCUGUGUUUCCAUGGGAGCAGGCAAGGUCUCCUCUGUACUACAAUUCCAGAAGCCAGAAACAGAACUUCAACAAAGCCAAUACCCUUGGAUCGGAGUCCAGGAGUGGCCACCUCGGUCCCCUUGAAGUGUCUGCAAAUGCUGAAGUGCAGGAAUUGAGGAAAGAAAACCAAGUGCUGCAGAGUACCAUGUCUGAGCUGGAGGUUUGCGUUCAGUCCCAAGAGAAAGAGAUUAAAAAUCACCUGAACAAGUUGCAGGAGGUGCAGUCACAUCUGGAGAAAUCCAGAGCAGAGCUGGCAAUGAAAGAACAAGCUUUGAGUAAGAGCAGAGAUGAUCUAAUGAGAGCAACCAUACAGCAAGAGCAGAACAACAACAAGUGUGUAGUGCUGGAGCAGAAGCUGAAGCAGGUUUCUGAGGAGCUGAGCUGUCAGAGACAGAAUGCAGAAAGUGUUCGACGCCUGAUGGAACAAAAGUCUAAGGACAAGGAGAAAGAACACCAACAGGAGCUGUCCGAUCAGCAACUUGCGUAUCGUAACCUCGAACAUCAAUGCAAGCAAGAGAAAAACCAAUUAAACCAGGAGAUCCAGAAGCUCAAGAACGAACAUCUGGCUUUACAAUCUACAAUUGAUAAAAUGGCAGCACAGAGACAGCAGGUGGACAGAGAGUUGGCAGAAGUCAAAGCUAAUUUUCACUCCGCAGAAAAGGAACUAGUGACUUACCAAAGAAAAGGGGAGACUCUGCAGAAAAGUCUCCAGGAAGCACUGGAGGCGAAAGACCGCUUUGGUACCCGGCACGACCAAAGCACUCAAAGAAUCAUGCACCUGGAAGCACAACUGAAAAAGCUGCACAAAGAGCUGGCUCUGAGUCAGAAAUUGAGAGAAGGAGCUAAAACGGAGAACCUAGCUCUUGUAUCCAAACUUUAUGACCUUCAAAAGAAACUGGAUUGUGCAUUCCAACCUGACUCCAGGAGCAUGGGACUGUCGCCAGUGGGGUGCGAGCUGAACAGCUGUGAUGGGAAUGAGGUCAACAAGUGUGAUGUAGGUGAAGAGCAAGACAACCAUCAAUCAAAAGAUGAGCAACCUGAUAAAGUAGAACUGGUUGUGGGAUUGUCACUAAAAGCAGAAGAAGAAAUAUUGGACUGGACAGAAGGAAGUCGACUUGGAGAAUUGGAGCUGUCAAUGAAGCCUGUUAACUUGGACCAAGACAGUGGCACCAAUCUGGAAGGAGAUCCAGAUUUAAACAUUGAAGUAAUAUCUGAAGUUGUGCAAAGUGGAACAUUGAUAGAAUCCCACAGAUUGGAAGAAGCAAGGAAUGUCCUUCCACACCCUGGGGAGAAUGUGACAUCACGACUCCAGGAAUUCAACAAAGAGACCAAGGAGGAAUUCAAAGCGGAUGGGGUGGAAAAUACAGCUGUGCCCAGAGAGCCUGUAGAGAAAGAUGAGGGGACAGCUGACUUGCUUGAUAAACCAAUUACGGUGUCUGUACGUCUAAGAGAAUGUGAGUUAGAAUUGGAUGCAGUAAAGUCAGAAAAGCAGAUGUUACAGCAGGAGCUGGAUGAUGUGAAGCAAGCACUUGAUAGCAAAGUGAUUGAAAGCCAGAAAAAUCAGCAAACUAUUGUGGAGCUGAGACACAAGCUAAAGAAGGCAACGCAAAUAAGCACUGCAGAGACUGAGCACUCCGCUCCGCUGGUUACUGUACAGGCAGGACAGAUCAGUGCCCUGGAAAAAGACCUUAAGCAUAAGAGAGUCAAGGUGGCAGGGCUGCAAGAGACCAGUAAGUUGCUGGAGCUGGAGUGCAGUAAAAUCUCGGAUCUAACGACAUUGAUUGAUGGCCGUAUGAGACCAAAUGAGGAUGAAAUUCAGAUUCUGCAAAAUGCUGCAUCUAAGAAGAUACAGCGGCUUGAGCAAGAAAUAGUGGAUCUUGACAGUGAAAAGAGCUGCAUCGAGGAAAUCAUGAAAGAAAGCAGCGGGGCACUUAUUGUUGCUGAUGAGAGCCGUGGCCCUCUCCUGGAAAAUCUACAACACCAAGAUGCUGAAAACCUUGAGGUUAACGAGACCUUUCCCAAUCAUCUGCAUUGUGACUCAGGAGAAGCACUGGAGCAGAAACUGAACGAGGAGAGAAAUCUUUCUGUGGAGGUUGUCAAGACGGGCAACACGAGUAGCUACGAGAGAGACACGAGCGAGCUCUUCCUGGAAAAUGAGAGAGACAGUCGAGAGCGGUUCCUGGAACGCUUGAGGCGCAAAGUUGCUGAGCAACUUGAGUUUGACAAGCAGUCACUCGAACAUUUAAAACAACUAAGUGAACUUAAGAAAAAAUGUCAAGAGCUGACCACCGAGAAGGAGCAAGAAGAAAAAGCCAAAAGACAUGCUGAGGAAAAAUUUGACAAUCUGCAGUCGAGAAUUCACAGGGAAACACAGCAGUUAACAGUUGCGCUGGAAAUCCAAAGUAAGAACAUUGAGGGUCUUCUCCUGAGCAUGGAAGAGAAGGACCAGACCAUUCAGGUUUUGAAUGGACGCCUGCAAGAUACUUUCAAUGUUCUGUCAUGCCUUCAAAAGGAGAAUUGUGAUCUGAAAGCCAAUCUGAAGAUAGUUUUGCAGUCCGAGCAGAAGUAUGCUGACAAUGCAGUUUUAUCCAGGGAUGCCGUGCUGGAACAAACCAGUGAAGGGUCGCUUCCUCAGGGCAAUCCAAGCUGGAGUGAAAGUGGCAAUAUGUUGCCCAUGCAAAGCUUGGGAUUGGGUGAGCAAGCUGCCAUAAUAAAUGGAGGAGCGGUACCUGCUGAUGGAACGGUUCAAAAUUCUGAGCCCGGCCACGGUGAAGAUGCCUUUGAUACUCUGCUUCGGCCUGAAAAGCAAUCAUUUUUGGCUCUGGAGCAUCAGUGUGAAGAAGCAGAGGUGCCCUCUGUGUCAGAACUGAAAGAUGAUCCUGAAAUGCGGGCGCAGCAGAACACACCUUGCUGCCAAAGCCUGUUUAAUCCAGUGUCGGCUGUGCGGAGAGACCAGAGGGUAAGUUCUGUUCCAUCUACAAGGCCACCCUCUGACGUACCUGUGGUAACCUCAGCAGUUGGUUCUGUGCGUCAGGAUCUAACUGAGCUGCCACAGGGUAUUGAAAACCAAAGGCAACUUGUGGAACUGAAUUCUGCCAUCAUUCCUCUGCUCAAUGUUGCCCAGCAUUCGCAGAACCUCUGGCACUGCAAUGGCUUGCAGGGGACGAUUGAUACAUUGCAGAAGGAGUUGUCAGCCUUGCCUAUAAAGCAGUUUUGUGAUGAAACUGAAACACAAAUCGAGGAGGGAGCAAUAGAAGUUGCUGAUUCUAAGCUUGCUCUUGCUUUUGAAGGAAAGAAGCCGGUUGACGAAUUGAGAACAGAGGAAGAGCUAGUUGAAGAAGUGGAAAGGGUAAUAGGCAGGUUGACUGAUGCCUUAAACAUUUCAGAAGAGGAGCUCAAAGAGACAAAGCAAUUGAACCAGCAAAUGGUCAGCAAUUUGAACAAGGAAUUAAAUCUCUUGCGUUCAAAAUGUACUAUUCUGGAACAAGAAAAGGAGCAGCUUUGUUUGGAAGUUCAGGAAGCCCAGGAGGCAGCUGGUGACCAGCUGUCUGCGAAAGAAGACUUGAUGAGUGCAAUCCAAUCCAGUGAGGCCCGGCUUAGAACAAGUACUGAAGAGAAGAACCGCCUAAAGCAAGAGUUGAAGGCUCUGCGCAGUUGGAAGCAGAAGGUUCUGGAAGGUGUCGCUGGCUCGGAAUCCUGGCAAGAAAGUGGCCAGGGAGAACCAUGUGUAAUGCAGGAGUCUGUACUAGAGAUGAGCAACCAGAUCCAGCAACUAGAAGAAGAAAGCAAGACUCUGAAAAAUGCAGUUGAAAUUGCAAAGUACUCCCAGAAACAGCUCCAGAAAGAAUUGGAGACAAUUCAGUCCGAAAAGUCAGCGCUGCAAAAUCAGGUGGAACAUCUGCAGAAAAUGGUCGUUGAGCUGAACAAAGAAAAGAUGGAACUGCAUGCCAAGUUGAAGCUGUGGGAAAGAAACACUACUAUCAAAGACGACGUGCCCAAGGAGGUUCUGUGGGCAAAUGAUCUUCACGAGGACAUCCGGCCAGUAGGCAACCAGCAGCAGGAUACCGCGCAGGUAAUAGCAUGCAAACUUGGUGCUGAUCUGGAGGCUUUGAGACAAACCGUUCAAGGGAAGAGUGAAGAGGUUGAUUACAAUCUGCUCAGCUACUCUGAUUUACUGAACAAAGACCAAGAGCUAAAGAUAGCUAACAAGACCUUGUCUAAAGCGGUGGAGCGUUUCUGUGAUUGCAGGGCUGAAACUGUGGCUAGUGGUCAGUGGCCGACUGCAGGUUUGGAGCCGCGGUCCUCAGCUGAAGAGAGGAAGCCAGGCGUUGGACAGCGCAUUGGUGGAGAACCUCCUCAGACAGCUGAACAGGACCAGACUGAGAGUAGUCACAGGUCAAAGGGGCGCACCAAUCCUGAAAGACACUCAGUAAGAUUAAAUCCUGCAGAGCUUGCGAUGCAAAUCAAUACUGCUGAACUUGCUGCCAGAAUACAAAGGAAUCGGCUAUUCAGGCAUCAUCUGUCUGUAGCAUUUGAUGAAACGGAAUAUGAACCAUAUGGAUUACCCGACGUCGUGCAAAAGGGCUUUGCAGAUAUCCCUUCCGGUCCUUCCUGCCCACAUGUUUUGCGCCGAGCAACUCUAAACUCUACAGUUUGACCCCAGCAACAAAGCGAAGGGCAAACCCGAUUUGUCUUCUUCAAGGUACUAGGUGUUAGCAGUAGGUACAGAACAAUGAAUCCUAACUGGCAGCGGUUGAAGGUUUCCAGAUGAAUGUUUCUUGGUCCUUUUAUAUAACGUGGCAUCUGCUUACAGUCCUUGACCUAGUUUUUUUUAAUAUAAGGUAUAUAUUUAGAAUUUUUAAACAGUGAAUGCAGAUGGCUAACAUGUCUGCCUCUCUGAGAUUAAUGAAUCAGAAUUUUAAGUUGCACAGUUUUUUGACACAAUGGAUUAAUGGCAGGUUUCUUAAUGUUUAAGUUCCUUCACUUGAUCUUAACUUAAUUUAUUGGAUGUUUAUUUUUAAAGGAAGGUUCUGUCGGUGUGGCACAUUUGCUUGAUGUGUUGGGGCCUUUUCUUCCAUGUACACUAACACACACCCUUGCAUUUACAGCACUCUCUCUAAAUCGUUGAUUUAUCUUUUAGUCCUCGUCAGGUGUUGUAUUGAAGCAUCGUGAAGAACACUGUGUUCCUUGCAGGUCAGAAGGGAGAUUAAUCCUGUGCAAAGUGCAAAACCUGACAGUGCCAAGAACAAAGGUCUGAUGUUAGCAUUUAUCGUCAAUUCAAAGUGUCUUUUGGUAACACGGAAUUUGAGAAUUGCUGGUAGAAGAGACAUGCUGUUCAAGCUUUUAUUUUGCACUCAUCAGGACAGAAGCACGAGUACCAAAUUGCAAUGGGAGCAAUAAUUUGUGCUACAUGAGAAAAUUGAUGAUUUGGUUGGCAUGUGGAUUCUAAGUUGACUUGCCUGUAUUGAAUUUAAACAAAGGCUUGGGGGUAGCUGCUCCUGACACAUUCUCCAAUUUUUAUACCAAUUAAUGCCCACUUGUCAGCCAAAGUACGCGUUUUUGUCUCACAAAUGUGUAAAUUGUUGUUCCUCUUAUAAUUUGAUGUUCUUACAGUUCUGUCUUUGAUUACAAGACAAAAAUCCUCCUUUUUAUAUCAAUGCUUGUCUGCUCAUUUAAAUGAUAAAUUCAUCCUUUUGAUCUUGUGCACAAUAAGAUUGGGAUUAAUUUUCACAGUGAGAGAAGUAACCAUAAAAAGAAAUAUUGAUCAUUUGAACUUUCAGAAAGAAGGAAAUCUUCCCAACUGUCUGCAUCAUAUAUCUAGUUUAUGCAAUUGGUGUAGGGAUCCAGAUGAAUGGUUUGAUUUAUUCAUGUUUUAAUCGGGAUUUUGAUAAAUGUGAUGGACAUUUUUUUAUACCCUGAUUUAAAUAAAUACUGUAUCUCUGUU